AUGGAAUCUAGCACCUUUCAGCGAACGUUCCCAGCCCACAAUGAGACAUACGGUCCAAGACUACAAAUACGUCGAGGCAUAGCUCCAGCACCGAUAAGUUUCACUGGCAGAAAUCAGGCUUCGCAAGGUCCAGGGACUAGAGCCGAAGCCAGUGCUCCGAAGACGCCCAACUCGGUCCAACGGGGAGCCAGUUCUUCGCAUGGUACCGCUACAUCUCCAUCUGAUCAAGAUAGUCCACAGUCACCUCAGGGUGGCAAGCGCAAGAUGGGCGGCAAGCGAGUCGCACGAAAUCCAGCGCGACCACGCAAGGUUAAAGGCAAGCAGGAUUUCGAUGCCAUGACGGAGCACAUGACGGAUGAAGACUCUACCAAUUUGAUUGGCCUUCGUUCUGGUGUCCAGCCUCAUGGGGCUCCGCUUUACCAGGAUACCUUCAGGGGCAAACAAGCUGCCAUUGAUCACUUGCUGCGUACCGGCACCACGAUCGAGUACUGGUGUCUACCACAGCGCCUACUCAUCAAAGAGGCUGACCUCCCUGCUGCCGCACGUCUGACACUACAGCAACUCACUCUGGAGGCGGCAUCAGAGGCACCGCGGGUGGACCUUGUUCCUGCAUUCGCAGUGAGUGCGAAAGACAAGCAGAGCUUCAUUGACAAAAACCAGUACCAAUACGACAUCGUGCGCAAGCAGCUCAGCGACGCGCGGGAUAGCAGUGCUUGCGUUUGUAUCCUGAUUGCAACCAUAUUCGAUCUUCAUGAUGAGGACAAAGGCAUUCCUAUCAACGAUCUGGAUCUGUCUGACCAAUUGCAAUCGGACAUUGACGCCAAAACGCUGGUAUCUGCCAACUUGACCACCAAGAAAGGCAAAUACCCUCUGGAGCUCGAUCUCACCUUGCUGCAGCGCACAACAUUGAUCAUCGACAUUGUGAAGAAGUUCAAAUGGGUCGCCAAGGAUGUCCUACAGAACACCAACAUUCUCGAUCUCGUGGUAGCUCCGCGCCACUAUCUAGCAACGAAGCUGCACAAUGUCAACACUGCGAAGACGCGCCAGGAACGCUGGAAUGAGGAUCAAGUGCGUCGCGGCACCAAGAAGCCGAAGAAGAAUGGCAACACGCAACCGGACGCUGGCAGAAAUCUACCUAGCCCAUCGCCACAAGCACCAUAG